CCGACAUAUAAAACACAACGCAUUUAAGUUCAUGUUUACCAUAUUAGAUCUUAGGUGAUAAACUUGUUAAACCGUUGAUAUGUAAUGUACUAUAUUAUUCUAUUUUUUGUGGACACAGUAUUUAUUAUCCUGUUGAACAGUGCGGGAGCGAGCUCCUAACCUUCGUGGCAGCUAUUGAACAAGCAUUAGAAUUUAUGAAAGUUUGUGACGUCACCCUAAUGUAUCUAAGUGAUUGUUCAGUCAGCAGUGGUUGUGCAACAUGUCCUCGUUUCAUAUUUCUGGAAACAAGGGUACCGUUUCCGAAAUGCACGGGGGGUGCUGUGUCUCGAUGUGCAGGUACCGCGAUAUUGCGACUUCACGCAAACUCUGAACACAGUAGUCUCCUUGGUGUUUCCAAACGAAACGAUGCCUUUUUGUAAUUCCAAGCACGAGGAGUCAAUGGCUCGUAUACCUAUUGUAAUUUCCACCGCUUCCCUUGGUGACUGAUCAUCAAGAUUUAAGGCUCCUAGACCAAGACCUAUUGAUAUUGUAUAGAAAAACCUGCCCAGGCGAGUAUGCUCAAAGUUCAAUGAGACAGUGUCUUUAAACAAAUUAAAUAUAAUUUAAGUAAGAUCAGAUUAUUUACAUUAUUUAAUCAGAAUAUAGAACCUCCAUGUUAAUAUUUAUGGAUUGUCAUAAGUCAACUGUAUCAUCUAGCUAUGGAUAUUUUAGUGAAGCAUUUUCAGUGGACCUAGCUUUUAAAUUUUAGAUUGCUAAAUGGCCAAGGAUGCGUUAGGUGGCAUGCAUUAAUGGGUUGACCCAAGGUUUAUCUCAUGACGCUGGGAAUAAUUUAUGUUACGGUUCAAGCAUAACUUCCAAUUAGGCCAAGAAUAUAAUUGUAUAUAAUUGUAGUAUAUAUGUGAAACAACAAAUCGAAGUAUUCACGAUGGCACGACCUCGUGAUAUGUUAUACGUACAAGGACGUUUUAGCAAAUAACAAAUUAUUUCUUCGUUGUUGGGCAGUAAUUAUCGCUAAGAUAUUUGCGUUAUAGAUGGGGACUAGCAUUUAAGUCUUUUUCCAAAAUGGGUUCAUCCAAACAUUGAGGGCAUGCUAGAAAGCAGUUUUAUGCGGAACGGGCUAUGAAGCAUGAACUUAACGGUGUUUUCGUUUUGGGGGAGGGGCACCAUAUUUUGCCAUGAUAUAUUACUCCUCGACUUGUCUUCUGUUUUUGCUUUUCAAAAUAGCUGCUUGCUCAUAUUUGAACUGAACGUUAUCUUUUAAUGAAGAGAAUUCGAUAUCUCUUGCUGCUGCGUUGCGGGCAAUGCGUAGCAUUCUAAUAACUUUUCAUAUGUUACUCAACUACUGUCUUUUGUCAGCCAAGAGAACAAAAUUAAAUAAUCAAGCGAGAUAGGGUCUUUUUCGCCCUAUUUUGUGUUCUUUCAGAAAGCAAAGAGCUAUCCAAGGAAACGCAAGAUAACAAAUCAUACGUGGGGUGAAAAUUUCCGAGCCAUCCAUAAGUAGUAGACAUUAGACAUUGACAAACUUUGUUAUUGGUUCUUCCCAUAUUGGUAUAUUUAAAAGUGCACUCCCGCCCCUUCAGCUGACAGGAUUAUUUGUCCUGUCCUAAAGUGAAAUUAAACAUGCACACCUGAACUAUUCAUAUUACGAAUGCUUAUCUUAUGGUAGUGACCAAAGGGGGAUACCCCCAAGUCUCAACAAAACAAGGUACACGACAAAACAUGACUCUUCUCUACAUAAAGGGUAGAGAACCUCCAAUGCCCUUAACACCCUUCUGCUUUUAGUAUCAGCAACUCUCAACAGGAAGGUGUCGGUUCUGAUAUAACCUUUCCGAUGAUAAUUGCAAAGGCAAACAUCGUUGUUUUGUGGGUGGGUGGAGAAACCAUAUAUGGUAUAUAACUUAGUUUUAUUUUCCUAGUAUUUAUAAAGAAAAUUUUGUUUUGUUUAUUUAGAAACGAGAGGCUGUUUAGAUCAAAUGUUAUGGUGAUAGAAUUGAAAAUAUUGCUCUUGUUAGCAUCUGCUGUCAUGUCAGUCUGUUUUUUAAGUCUUAACCUUCCAGUCUUAAGUCUUAAAGGCACUUUGUCGCGUAACUGGGUGACAAGUAUUCUUUGAGAUUGUGAUAAGUGUAGGUAAGGUUUCCAUCAGAAACAUUUGCUAUACAGUAAUCUUGACUGUAUUUGUUUACAUUUUGUUUGAAUGAUGCACACUGUGGACAAAAAAGAUUUUCUAAUUCAUUAUUUCAUAUAUAUAUUUAUAUAUAAUUAAUUUUUAACAAAAGAUGCGAGUAAAAUGUUUUUUUAAAUUUUGGUGAUAAAAUUCUACGGUUGUAUGUACAUAGCCUUAACAACAACUGCGCGCGAUAGACGCUGAAGCAGAAUUUUCCUAUCUUUCUCCUUGCCGGUUCAUUACGACACUCAGUCAAAAACAAUUACUGACCUCAAAUAAUGACCUCAUCAAAUGUCAAAAUUACAGAGACAUCUAAUGUUUUCAGAGACUUUUCAAGAACGCCUUUUACGCGGUACCUGGCCACUAGUGUAAAUUUCUGCGACCUCAAACCUGUAUGUUGCCUUUAGCAUACAUCGGUAAACAAAACUUAAUUAUUUGCAAGAAUCUGAACUGAAGUAUUGUUUCCAUUUUUCUAUAAACUUUGACUUGAUGCUUUUAAUUCUAGAUUCCUGCACUCUACUCAUCGCAGUUGCCGCAGGUUAUGGCUGGGGCUUUUCUGAUGCAGAUGGUUUGGUCAUGUCUGAUAGUAUUCUAGACUUCAUUGGUGAACUGCGGCUACAAAACGAAAGUGAAUGGAUCUCCGUUACAGAGGCCGUGAAAAGAAUUUUCUUGGAUAAGGUUCCUUGGAGAGCGUCUAGAGGUCUGAGCACGAGUAAUGCUGCGAUUUUCCAGUCAAGCGUCAGUCGAUUUGAGCUAGGAUCUGUUGCCUGGACGCCUACAGGGUUUCCUGCAGGUAUCACGCCUUGGACAGCAGCAUGGCAAGAUAGAUCGAAACCUUACCUGACCAUUCGUCUCAAAGAUGAAACAACUUCAACAUUUGAUUCAGUGGCAUACUCUACGUCUUUAGAAAAUACUUCGUUACAAGAAUAUUGCAGAUUGAUUAAGCGGUACAGAAAUGUGCUGUUCAUGACUGACGACACGAUAGAGGCUAAGCAUUUCAUUUCCUGCUUCUCCCAUUGGCUCAAGACCAUGGACGAAAUUAGAGGCAAGACAAGUUUUAUUGCCAGCGUUGAAGAGAAUGAGAUUUGCACUGCUCAGGAACUUGUGAAACUGUUACGAGAAUAUGGAGCUUUGGUUGAGGUGAAUCGCGAGAGACCGAAGUGCUCAACAAUUAUUCUGAUCGACGUUGAUUUCAUCCUUAAUCGAAAAUUAUCUUCGGAUGUCUUUGUUUGGCUUGGAAAACGUGGAACAGAAGAACCCUUCUAUCUAAGCAAUGGCAUUGGAGUGAACAGUCAGCUUUACUAUUUGCAAAAUGACGUCAUCGUACUUGCAUAUGCAACAAAGACAAGGUAAAUAACCUUUACAGUAUAGAACAACAGUAUGUUAGGUUUCCGCUUUUCCCUGCUAGUUGGAGAGUCAAGGUGGUAUUAAUUGUUGGAAAUAUCAUUUAUUUUUUGUCAUCAACUGUCUUGCUUAAAGUAAAGGCGAUUCCUGUAUGCGAGCCGUGCCCUUAGGCCAAAGCAUG